GGCUUUUGUUGUCACACUGGAAGAAAAUGGCUGCUGCUGGUUUGAAUGGUCACUAUAUGGAGGUGACGGUGUGGGGCUAAGGACAGCUAAGUCUCCUGCUGACCAUCACUCACCAAAAUACCGGUUGGCAGACCACCAUGCAACACGUUUUGGAAUAUGCAUUGGAUCGGGCUGAGUACAUUGUUGAAAGUGCUCGUCAAAGGCCAGCGAAGAGGAGAGCCUCAUCCGGAGGGAAGAAGAGUUUAUACCAGAAACUAUACGAGCUCUACAUCGAAGAGUGUGACAAAGAACCAGAGCUCAAGAAGCUGCGUAGGAAUGUGAACCUGCUGGAGAAGCUAAUGUGUCAAGAGUCCGUGUCGUGUCUGGUCGUCAACCUCUACCCUGGCAACCAGGGAUAUUCCCUCAUGCUCCGCGGCAAGAAUGGAUCUGACUCUGAGACGAUCCGUCUGCCGUAUGAGGAAGGCCAGCUUUUGGAGUACCUGGAUGCUGAGGAGCUUCCUCCUAUCCUUGUGGAUCUGUUAGAGAAGUCCCAGGUGAACAUCUUCCACUGUGGCUGUGUGGUAGCUGAGGUCCGAGACUACAGACAGUCUGGCAACACUAAGAUGCCCUCCUUCCAGAGCAGACACGUCCUGCUACGGCCCACCAUGCAGACACUGAUCUGUGACGUCCAUGCCAUGACCAGUGACCACCACAAAUGGACUCAGGAUGAUAAGUUGCAGUUGGAGAGCCAGUUACUGCUGGCCACAGCUGAUCCUCUGUGUCUGGACCCAUCUAUCUCUGUCACCUGUACAGCCAAUCACCUGCUCUAUAACAAGCAGAAGAUGAACACCCACUCUAUGAAACGUUGUUUUAAGCGUCACUCUCGGGCGGCGUUGAACCGUCAGCAGGAGAUGUCCUACCUGCCCAUGCCCCCCCAGCUGCGUCUCUAUGACUACCUGCAGAGGAGGAAGGAGAGGAAGCCUGCCCCCUCGAUAGACCUGAAGAUCUCCAAGGCCGGAAACUGUGUGGACAUGUGGAAGCAGAGUAACUGCCAGCUGACUGUCCCCAAGGAGAUUGAUGUGCAGAAAUAUGCAGUGGCGGAGAGGUCUGUGAAGCUGGAGGAAUCUCAGCCCACUGUCUGGCCUGCAGAGGAAGUGAUAGAUGACUAUACGUUUGAGUGUGAGGUUGGGGGUAAGACCCAGACGACCAAAGUGUCCAUCUUCCAGUCGGUGGGAGACCCUCUGGUCUACGGAAAGAUCUACUGCACCAAACAACCCAAAGCUGAGGAGGACGGCAGCGACCUACAGCUCCUACACCCAUCUUUCCUAAUAGGCUCAAAGAUAGAUGCCGAUCGGUUCCUGUCCCAGUAUAAGGGUGUGUAUGAGUCAGACGUGAAGUGCCAGGUGAAGAUGUCUCAUAACUCAGGAUUCGUGGGACAGAACCGGGUCUCACCCAGCAGAGAGACGGAGGCGGAUGGUCUAUCAGCCCUGGUUCAGUCGUCGGGUGUGUUGGGGAAGGGGGUGAAGCACCGGCCUCCCCCUAUCAAACUACCCUCCGCGUCGGGCAGCAGCUCCACGGGUAACCUGUAUAGUUCAGCCCAGGCUACCAGUGGUCUCCUUAAGUGUCCUACGCCCCCCCCAGGAACAGGCCCUGGCUCAGUCAAGCCCCAGUCUCUGAGUAGGAAGCACUCUGUGGAGCUGGGGCAGGGGUUACAGCUGGGGGGUCAGUUAGGGCAGGUGGGGUUGUUGUCCCCGGUAGCCCUAUCUCCCAUGGGGACAACACAGAGAUCAGGGACCCCCAAACCCUCCACCCCCACCAGCACCCCCUGUUCCACCCCUCACCCCCCCGACUCCCUCCUCUCCCUCUGUCCCCUCCCGUCCUCUGUCACCCCCACCCCUCUGGAACCCCAGACCCUCCUGGCUCCGUACCCCCAGCAGCAGCUGUCCCUGUCCCAGGCGUUGCCCGUCAUGACCAUCCCGCUACCCACCAUGGGAACCUCCAUCCCAACGGGAACCACCUCCUCUCAGGUCAUGGCUAACCCUGCUGGACUCAACUUCAUCAACGUGGUGGGAUCCGUCUGCAGUCCCCAGACUCUGAUGAAUUCUAGUCAGAUGUUGGGUCCUGGUCUCAACCUGAGUGGUCUAGGAGGACUGAUGCCCACCAUGCAACCAGCCACACAAACAGGUAUAAAACACACACUGCCCACCAUGCAACCAGCCACACAAACAGGGAGUCCGUUUGGUUUGAACAGUAGUCCAGGCCUUAGACCCCUCAACCUGCUACAGAUCCCGACAGGUCCUCUGAUCUUUAACUCUUUACAGCAGCAGCAGCUCUCCCAGUUCUCUCCUCAACAGAGUCAGUCUGCUACAUCCAGCCCACAGCAGCAAGGAGACAUGGGUGAUCAGGGGUCAGACCAGGGUAUGGGUGCUCAACAGACUGCUGUCAUCAACCUGACUGGAGUAGGAGGCUUCAUGUCCCCACAGACAGCAGUGCUGUCCCAGUUAGGCUGUGGUCUGGAUGGCUCUGGUCCCCCCCUGCCCUCUCCAAGGCUUCAGCAGCCGCAGAUACAAUUGCAAUUCUUGCACCAAAUGCAGCAGCAAAUGGCUAUGAGGGGGGCGGGGCCUCCGGGGGCGUCGCCACGGCUACAUACCGCCAGCCAACCAAGAAGUAAGAGGAAGAAGAGCACACCGCAGCCCCACCCCUAAUCAUGACGAUGACGACCCCCUACACACACACACACACACAUAAAAUGACCCCCAGCCAUCUGGUGAGCAAUGCCAUGGCACCUCCCCCAAUCAUGGAGAGAAAACCAACCCCCCCUUCCCCUUCAUGAAGACAUGAAUGAUCCAAACUGCACUCUUUCCUCCCUCACUGUGGAGACUCUCUUGCACCCCAACUCCCUCACUGUGGAGACUCUCUUGCACCCCAACUCCCUCACUGUGGAGACUCUCUUGCACCCCAACUCCCUCACUGUGGAGACUCUCUUGCCCCCCAACUCCCUCACUGUGGAGACUCUCUUGCACCCCAACUCCCUCACUGUGGAGACUCUCUUGCACCCCAACUCCCUCACUGUGGAGACUCUCUUGCACCCCAACUCCCUCACUGUGGAGACUCUCUUGCCCCUCAAUUCCCUCACUGUGGAGACUCUCUUGCCCCCCAACUCCCUCACUGUGGAGACUCUCUUGCCCCCCAACUCCCUCACUGUGGAGACUCUCUUGCCCCCCAACUCCCUCACUGUGGAGACUCUCUUGCCCCCCAACUCCCUCACUGUGGAGACUCUCUUGCACCCCAACUCCCUCAGUGGAGACUCUCUUGCCCCCCAACUCCCUCACUGUGGAGACUCUCUUGCCCCCCAACUCCCUCACUGUGGAGACUCUUGCCCCCCAACUCCCUCACUGUGGCGACUCUUGCCCCCCACCUCCCUCACUGUGGAGACUCUUGCCCCCCAACUCCCUCACUGUGGCGACUCUUGCCCCCCACCUCCCUCACUGUGGAGACUCUCUUGCCCCCCAACUCCCUCACUGUGGCGACUCUUGCCCCCCAACUCCCUCACUGUGGAGACUCUUGCCCCCCAUCUCCCUCACUGUGGAGACUCUUGCCCCCAUGUCUCCCUCACUGUGGAGACUCUUGCCCCCAUGUCUCCCUCACUGUGGAGACUACAGGCAAAAAUACUUGUUAUUUUGUAGCUGAGAGAAGAUGAAAUGUAUGAUGUAAUAACGGAUAACACUUUUUCACCCAGCAUCAUAACACGUUAUGUCACGCUCAUAACACUGUCAUGACAUAUAUUUAGACCUGUUGUGACAUAUAUAUUGUGUUAUAUGGCUGUUUAUGACACCUACAUAAGUGUCAAAACCUACCACACAAGGCAAAACAUUCCAUUGCAAUCCUUUAACCUACGUGUGAACAGUACAGGUAUAUAGAAUUCCCUGAAAUUCACCAUAUUAAAUAUGAAUUGUAAUUGCGUACACAUUGAUGUCAGACGUGCACCUAGUCCAAUGCUCUGUUGUUGAUGACUGCAGGAGCAGGACAAGACACCCACUUUGUGACUGACAUAAGGACAUGUACGUGAUUGGACUAUCUGAUUACGACGUCAUAAAGUGUCUUUUCUACAAGUUUUUGAAAAAAAUAUGAUGGAACAAAAAACACAGAAUUCAUUACAACAAAGGAUUUAAGAAAACAAACUUUAUUUUUUUAUGUAAACUUGGCCUAGGGAAAAAAACUGAUUUGAAUUAGUGUGGGUUUUGACACUUAUGCAGGGGUCAUAGCCGGCCAUACAAUAAUGCAACGUCACACAACAGGUGUAAAUAUAUGGGUCAUGACAGUGUUCUGACACUGGGUGUCACCAAUAAUGAUUUUGGUUGGUAUGGCCGGGCGUGUGAGCCUGAACCAGGUUGUCCCGACGACCAUAGAACUGUUUUUUUUUUUAGGAACAGAACUUACCGUUUUAAAAUAACCUAUUUUUGAAAUGUGUUUAGAAAAUGAAGAUGCGUUCUUUUGUUAGUGGGAGGUGUUUUCCUACCCGACUGCUGUCCGGUUAUGUCCCCGUAUCAUGCCACUGUGUCCUCCCUAUGGUCGGUUAUGUCCUCCCUAUGGUGGCUCAAACAGCCUAACUCGUGGACGGACACUGACUGCACAGCACAACUCAGAAGACUCCUCGUGAACGACCGUGCCCGAUUCUGCAUGGCUUUGGGUGCAUCUGAAAAUGGUACACUAUUCCCUUCAUAGUGUACUACUGUUGAUCAGGCUCUGGUCAAAACUAGUGCACUGUAGGAAAUAGAGUGCCAUUUACAGUGACAGAAUAGCUCUCUCUGCGGGAAGAUGAUCUUGAUGCCGAACACAACAGAGAACUUGUUUUCCCAGCAUGCAUUUGCUGAGUGCGUUUUUCAUAUGGCAUUUUCUUGUACUAGUGGGGACGGCUGGGCAGUCAAGAACAAGUGUAUAUUUGUGUGAGACAUUUCUGGGAUACUGAGGCAGAAUGUUUUAAAAUGGUCUUUAUCAGCAGUUUAUUGUGAUAAAGAAAAUAUAUAUUGACAGGAAAAUACAACUUUUAGAGAAACAUAAA